AUGGCGGAGAGCAGCGGUCGCCUGGGCAAAGGCAGCGGGAGCGGCACGGGGAAGGGGGCGGUGUCGGCCGAUCAGGUGAUUGCUGGCUUCAACCGCCUUCGGCAGGAACAGCGGGGCCUGGCAUCAAAGGCAGCCGAGCUGGAGAUGGAGCUGAAUGAGCACAGCCUCGUGAUCGAUACGCUUAAGGAGGUGGAUGAGACCCGCAAGUGCUUCCGUAUGGUUGGAGGGGUGCUGGUGGAGCGCACUGUCAAAGAGGUGCUGCCUGCCUUGGAGAACAACAAGGAGCAGAUACAGAAGAUCAUUGAGACACUGACUCAGCAGCUUCAGGCAAAGGGAAAAGAAUUAAAUGAAUUCCGGGAAAAGCACAAUAUUCGACUCAUGGGCGAAGAUGAGAAGCCAGCCAAGGAGAACUCAGAAGGAGCCGGGGCGAAGGCCAGCUCCGCUGGAGUGUUGGUCUCCUAG